AUGACAGAAUGGAAUGAAGCAGCAGAGCCCCGACGUGGGGUAAACACAGCGCUGAACACUGCACUUCCACAACUCCACACUCCAGACUCCACAGACUCCUUCCCCCAUUCACAUUUCCCCAGCAGAUCCGAUGCAGCACAAGGUCUGGCGCGCUGCCUCCAUUGGAGUUCAGUGGGAAAGGGGCUCAGAGAGGCGUGGAUGCCAGACUUCUACCCGAGCGGCUUCUCGACUCCCUCCUCUCCCGCUACUCGCUCUUCCAGAGUCACCGCAGGCGCUCGCUGCAGCUAUAGCACGCACCCUCUCUUAGUGCGAUAUAUAUCUGCCUCCCCCCCUCGGCAGGUUGCCAUGGUCGCCAUACCUACUCUCUCUCUCCUAUUGGUCCUGGCAGAGUGGGCAGGUCUGGUGGACGCCUCCCCCCACCUCCUGCUCCGGCCCAGCCCGCGGGAGCGUGAUGCAGGGGCCAUGAUGAACCUCAACAUCGCCGUGAUCCACGCCGGUGCUACGGUGCAGGCAGAGGCGGCGGUGGCGGGGCCCGGGGGAAGGGUGCUCUACCCCGGCUUCGGCCGGGUAUACGGCUCCCUGGGGGAGAGCGUGAUCACCCAGUGGGGCUCUGCUAACGUCAUCUGGCUACAGGUGAAUGACAGUAGUCCUAAGACGGUGCUGUCCCAGCUGUGUGAGCUGCUGGCGGCGCGGCCCCUGCAGGGUCUGGUUUAUGAAGAGGAGAGGCCCCCUCGUACGGCCUGGGGUCCUUUGGCCCCCAUGCUGGAGUUUGUCUCUGCGCAAACAGGACUGCCCAUAGUGGCUGUAGGAGGGGGAGCGGGGCUGGGGAGGAUGCCACAGGAAUCAGGUUCCAUCUUUCUCCAGUUCAGCUCCUCUACUGCCCUCCAAUUAGAGGUCAUCUUUGAGGUGCUGGAGGAGUACGAUUGGACGUCCUUUUCCGUGGUGUCCACGCGUCACCAUGGCUACCAGGACUUCCUGUCUGUGGUGGAGGGCCUGACCGACGGCUCGUUCAUCGGCUGGGAGAAGAAGAGUGUGGUGAUCCUGAACGUGACUGACGACCCUGGGGGGGCACGCACGCGCAGGCUGCUGAAGGAGAACGAGGCGCAGGUACGCUUGCUGUACUGCUCCCAGGAGGAGGCCGAGCUGGUUUUCAAAGCCGCCUGGGCCGCCGGUCAGGCCGGGGCCUCGCACAUGUGGUUCGCCGUGGGGCCGGCUCUCUCAGGUCUGAGCAUGGAGAGCCUGCCCCGGGCCCUGUUCGCCGUGCGGCCCCAGGGCUGGAGGGACGAACCUCGCCGGAGGAUUGCUCGUGGUGUCUCUGUGCUGACUCAUGGGGCAUUCGCCAUGCGCAAGGAUUACGGGACCACGGGUGGGCCCAACUUUGUCACCAACUGCAUGACGGACGCCAACCAGACCCAGAGACUGCGUGGCAGGAUGAGGUAUUUCGGCAACAUCACGCUUGGCGGUCGAGACUAUUCCUUCAAUACUGACGGUUACCUGGCCAACCCCUUCCUGGAUGUCAUUUCCUGGACACCUGGACGUGGAUGGGAAGAUGUAGGCUGGUGGGAAAACGGCGUGCUGAGGCUCCGGUACCCCGCCUGGUCCCGCUACGGGCCAUUCCUUAAACCACCUGAUGAUGCCCAGCACCUGCGCGUUGUCACGCUGGAGGAAAGGCCAUUUGUCAUUGUGGAGCUGGCAGACGCCGCAUCCGGGACCUGCAUCCGUGACUCAGUGCCCUGCAGACGACCCCUUAAUGCCAGUGCCAUCCAUGAAGGCGUGGCUCCCAUGAAGCAGUGCUGCAAGGGCUUCUGCAUCGACAUCCUCAAGAGAUUGGCCAAGAUUGUCGGCUUCACCUACGACCUCUACUUAGUGACCAAUGGGAAACAUGGGAAGAAAAUUGAUGGGGUUUGGAACGGCAUGAUUGGAGAGGUGGUUUACAAGCGAGCCGACAUGGCCAUCGGCUCACUGACUAUCAAUGAGGAGCGGUCAGAGGUCGUGGAUUUCUCUGUCCCUUUUGUGGAGACGGGGAUCAGUGUCAUGGUCUCCCGAAGUAACGGAACUGUAUCACCAUCCGCUUUCUUAGAGCCCUACAGUCCAGCGGUGUGGGUGAUGAUGUUCGUCAUGUGCCUGACCGUAGUGGCUGUGACCGUCUUCAUUUUUGAGUUUUUCAGCCCUGUGGGCUACAACCGCAGCCUCCAGACCGGCAAGAAGGCUGGAGGAUCUACUUUCACUAUCGGAAAGUCUGUAUGGCUUUUGUGGGCUAUUGUCUUCAACAACUCCGUGCCGGUGGAGAACCCCAGAGGAACCACCAGCAAGAUCAUGGUGCUGAUCUGGGCCUUCUUUGCUGUCAUCUUUCUGGCCUCCUACACAGCUAACCUGGCCGCCUUCAUGAUCCAGGAGGAGUACAUUGACACAGUGUCAGGCCUCUCGGACAAGAAGUUUCAGCAUCCCGAGGAGCAGUACCCACCUCUGAAGUUUGGCACGGUGCCCAACGGGAGCACAGAAAAAAACAUCCGCUCCAACUACCCAGACAUGCACCAGUACAUGGGCAAAUACAACCAGAGAGGAGUGGAGGACGCCAUCCUGAACCUCAAGACCGGGAAACUGGAUGCUUUUAUUUAUGAUGCUGCAGUAUUGAACUAUAUGGCCAGGAAGGACGAAGGUUGUAAGGUGAUGACCAUAGGCUCGGGGAAGGUUUUUGCCACCACAGGCUACGGUAUCGCCCUGCACAAAAACUCACGCUGGAAACGUCCUCUUGACCUGGCCCUGCUGCAGCUGGUGGGAGAUGAUGAGAUUGAGAUGCUGGAGCGCCUCUGGCUGUCGGGUAUCUGCCAUAAUGACAAAAUUGAGGUGAUGAGCAGUAAACUGGAUAUUGACAACAUGGCCGGGGUCUUCUACAUGCUGCUGGUGGCCAUGGGCCUCAGUCUGCUGGUGUUCGCUUGGGAACACUUGGUGUACUGGAAGCUGCGCCACUGCAUGGCCACCAGCUCUGGCAAAUUGGACUUUCUCCUGGCGAUCAGCAGGGGCAUGUACAGCUGCUGUAGUUUUGAAGAUGAAACUGCGCCAGGUGGAGCCAAGACUUUGCCAACUCAUCACCACACGGCGAUGGUUACAGUUCCAUCUCAGCCGCAUGUUGUCUCUACGUCUAUGACCAACCCAGUCAUUGCCAUGGCGCAACAGCAGCAGCCACCGCAACAGCAACAACCACAGCCCGUCUAUAAAACACCUCUACCGGGCUCUCCUCCCACCGUGGUGCAUUCUGGGACAGCACUGGGUCCCUCCAACACCCCCAUUGCUGGCGCACCCCUCCCUUGCUCCACCUUCCUGCCCCGGCCAGACCGCAGACUGGCUGUGGUGGAUCGCUGGAGGCUGCCCAAAACUGCUACAGCCACUAACCCAAUGGCUGUGAGGGGGGCCAUCACUGACAUGGGACCCUUUGCUCAGAAAGUCCCACCAAACUGGGCUUCAACUGCUGGAGGGGGUGGGGGACUUGAUGGCUAUAAGAGAUACUAUGGUCCCAUUGACCCUGAGGGACUGGGGCCCUGCAUGGAGCAGCAGGCAGGGUCCCAGACCCCCAAGACUAUGCCCAGGGGCCACCCCCAGCCCCCUCCAACCAGUGUGGCCUUCUAUUCAGAGAAGGGCAUGGACCACGGGGUGGGGAAGAGGGUGGUGGGAGGUGGCAGCGGAGGUCAGGGAAAAGGUCAGGUGAAAGGAGCCGUUAAACCUCUGGGUACUCCCAGAUUACUUCCUAAAAGUCAGGCCCCUCUGCCCCCUACACCCCCGCUGCCACACCCCUCUCCCCCUCUCCCCUCAUCCUUCUGGAGGAAGCGUAGGCCUAAGAAGCCCAAAGAGCCAGGAGGGCCACUGUACGAGAACAUUCUACCCCUGGGGCGGAGGGGAGGAGCACGAGAGGGAGUGAGGGAGGGAGGAGGGAGGAGGGCACGCCCGCUCUCUCCCCCGCUCUCACUUCCUGUGCCAGUACCCCUCAGCCCCUCUUACACCCCUCCUUCGCCCUCUGCAUCUUUGCACUAUACAUCCUCCUCUUCUUCGUCAACCACCUCAUCCACAUCCACGUCUUCAUCUGCCUCAUCUUCUCGCUCCACCUCUCCCACCUACUCUUACAGCUCCUCCAGGAGCACACGGGACAGGACUGGAGGAUUAGAUGGAGAGGAUGAUGACGACGAUGAGGAGCUGACGGAAGAGUCAAGCCUCCUCCUCGGCAGGGGGAGGGAGAGGGAACGCUCAAUCAUCCGGCCUCGUUCCCUCAGCCACGGGCGCCUGCCACCACCCAUACCCCCCAGGAAACCACGCACAUCCUGGGGUGACAGAGAAAGGGAACGGGAGAGAGAGAGAGGAGGAAGCCAACUGUCUCAGCUCCAAGAGUGGUGGGCAAGCUGGAGUGAGAGAGAGAGGAGUGGGCCGGGUGGAGAUGCUGAAAGGCAAAAGAGGGAAAAGAAGAGAAGAAAAGAGAAGGAGAAAGAGAAGAAGAAGAAGAAAAAGAACAAAAAGAGGAAAAAGAGGGAAGAAAGGGAAAGAGAGCGAGAGAGGGAAAGGAAGCGGCGAAAGGUGAAAAAGAAGAAGAAAAAGGAGCUAAAGACAAAGAAAAGGAAGAAAUCAAUUGGGGGACGGCGCUCUGAGCCAGAAGAGGGAGAUGUAGAGCCAGAGAGGGAAGGAGAGGCAGAAGGAGAGAGGGAAGGAGGAAUACAAGACUACUCCUCCUUCUCUGCCCAGUAUAGGAGCACUUUUGGGGAGAAGGGGAGGGAUUCAUGGGAAGGAGAGAGGGAGAGAGGUAGGAGAGAAGGAGAUGAGGGCAAUGACAGGGAACAGGAGGAAAGCAGUAGGAGCAGAGAGAGGCGUCCCAAAUCUUCACGCUCUCAUUCCAGACAUCGUGUCCCCAAUAAGCGCUACCCUAACCUUAACAAACUCCCCGCAUCAGUCAAAUUUUGGGUAAAUGGCAGAGGAGAUGAUUCUAAUACUCCUCCAACAUCCCUCCACCCACUCCUUCCAUCCUCCAAGCGGAGAAGAAGCGGAGGGAUGGACAGAGACGACAGUGGGAGAGUUGGCGAGCGGCGUCCUUUGUUAAUGCAUUACGAAAAAGAGAAAGCACAGACGAGAGAAGGGCUCUCCUUCCCUGAGUGGGACUCUGAGGAUGACGAGGACGAUGAUGAGGAAGAAGAAGAGGAGAGGGACAGAGUGAGGGAGCGGGUGGGGGAACGGGGAAGGAGAGCAGGAAGGGGGGCAGUGUCUGAGUCAGAGAGGGACAGAGUCAGAGCUGAGGACAGUUAUUCAGACGAAGGCUCGUCAGGGGAGUUUGGUCGCUUUGAGAGAUACUGGGAGGGAGGUGCAGGGGGGAGCAGCACUGGAAUAGGAGGCAUAGGCGGAGGAGGCUGGUUCUUUGGCACCUACCCCUCCAGAGAGAAAGGGGGUAGUGUCAACAGUCGGGAUGAUUCCUUACUAGGAACUCGGGCGGAGGGAUGGAUUGGUGCUGAUUUCUGGGGUUCAGGGCCAGGAGUAGGUUGGGGCUCAGGGGGAGGGAGUGGAGGGCUCGGCUCACAGUGGCCGCCACCCCCCGCAGCCUUCCCUCCACCCAGGAGAUACUGGUCUAUGGACAAGAUCCCUGUGAAGGGAGAGAAAAAGUGGAAGAGUGGAGGAGGGAAGAGCAAGGGGCGAGCUAGGGACAGAGGGGAAGAUGCAGGACGGCCCACCAUGUGUUCUUGUAGCCUUUACCCCCAACCCCAUCCGUACCCGCACCCCCACAGCCGCUCGCACACCUCCCACUCCAAGAGAGGAGCCACGGCACUUUCCCAUAGCCAGGAAGAGCUUCUCCCCCACUGCCACAGCUUCAGCGGGGGUUCUCGCCCCAAGCCUCUGCCCCCCAAACCGGACCCCAGUCAGGCCAAAUCAGGCAGCCAAUCUAACCUCAGCCUCAGCACACAGCCCACAGACCAUCCACCUCAGCCCUCACCGUCGCCGCCCCAGCAGCCGUCCAUGUCUCCCACCUCGCUCCCGAUGCCCAUCCCACCUCCGCCCUCCUCAUCCUCCGUCUCUCCACCAGCAGGGGUUGGGAUGGUGGGCCAGGGCCAGGCUCAGGCUUCGGCCAGUGCCAAACUCCAGUAUCAGAGACUGCGCUCGGUGCCACAGCCACGGAGGUUCUACUCCCCCCACCUGCCACUCAAAGCCAAGAGCCUGUGCUCUCGGCGAGGGUCGGCCCACUUCUCCAGCCUGGAGAGCGAGGUAUGA